CCUGCCGAUGGAUGCGCCCUUAGCAUUCGCCUAUACUGCCUAUGCCCAGGGCCGGGCCUGAGUGAGAGAGAAAAUUAGAGCGAGAGAUAUGAGCUGAUACUUACUUAGGCUUACAAGACAGAGUGCAAACAUGGACUUGGAUGAACUGGAUUUGCUAUUGGAGCAGUUGGCUGUGAAUUCAUCUUUUGCUGAAACGGCGCCACUGAAUGCAAGCAGUUCCAGCCAUGGAGAAAUUGCAGGAGCUGGUGUUGACAUGGGGCCUCCCAGUGUGCUUGAAAAAAGCAGAAAACCCUGUGCUUCAAAUGUGUACAGUUUCCUGCCAUCCCCCGUGGUGGCAGCACCAAGCCAUGCCUCCGCCGAUAAAGAGCUGGAUUCCAUCUUGCAGGAACUGAACAGCCUCGGCCAAGGGGUUCUGUCUUCUCCGCAUUCAAACCCUCCUCCGCUUUCGAAGAAGAAGUCCCUGAAGGGGGAAGUGACAAGUGGACGGCAGGAGAACAAGGCGGCCGCGUCCCCCGCAGCAGGUUCAGACAGGAAGGCCUCAACGUCCAAUCAGAAAGUAGACGCCAUUGAUGACCUCCUGGGAGGGUUGAGCUCUGACCUGGAGAAAAUUGGCGUCCGUACCGUCGCUAAGGGCAACUGCGCUUCAUGUGGCAAGAGCAUCCUGGGAAAGAUCAUCCAAGCCCUGGGCGAGGUGUGGCACCCGGAGCACUUUGUGUGUAUGUCAUGCAACAAGGAGCUGGGCACCCAAGGGUUUUUCGAGAGAGAUGGACAGGCCUACUGUGAGAAGGACUACCAUCGUCUCUUUUCCCCUCGCUGUGGAUACUGCAAGGGCCCAAUCAUGGAGAACAUCCUGACAGCCCUAGACCAGAGUUGGCAUCCUGAACACUUUUUCUGCACCCACUGUGGAAAUCUGUUUGGGACGGAAGGCUUCCUGGAGAAGGACGGGAAGCCGUACUGUAACAGAGACUUCUACCUCCUCUUUGCUCCCAAGUGCUCCGGCUGCAGUGAGCCGGUGAAGGAGAACUACCUGAAUGCAGCCAACGGCACCUGGCACCCAGAGUGCUUUGUCUGCGCUGACUGCCUGAAGCCCUUCGCCGGAGGCAGCUUCAUGGAGCUGGAGGGACGUCCCCUCUGUUCGCUGCACUUCCACACCCGGCAGGGGAUGCUGUGCGGGGGCUGCCAGCAGCCCAUCACCGGCCGCUGCAUCUCCGCCUUGGGGAGCAAGUACCACCCCGAGCACUUCACCUGCAGCUUCUGCCUGCAUCCACUCAGCCAGGGACGCUUCACCGAGCACAAGGGAAAGCCUUACUGCUCGCCUUGUUUCACCAAGAUCAGUGCGUGAGGGACGUGGAUAUGCACGCGCGGCAAUAGUUGAUUGGCUUGAGGAGUUUUAGAUUGUAUUUUUGCCCAUCGCUUAAUCACAGUGUGAGAGAUUGAAUCUAAUUAGAAUUUUGAUUUUUGAUUUAAUUUAUGACCCGACAGAUACAACUCUUAGGCUAUAUAUUUUUUUUUAAAAGGUUGCUUUGCAUGAAUACUUUUUCCUGGCUUUCUGUUCUAUGUGUUGGUGACUUUGAGGUUUACACGUACCAUUGACAUGCAGAUGCAUAUCGAAUAUGUGAUCCUUGAAGAUAAUAAAGCUCAUGUAAAACACCAAGAAUCAA